CUUGCUGUGGUGUCAGUGGAUGGAGUGCUUCUCAUCUCAGACGCUGUCUCACUGACUUCCUCUUGGGUUCUCGAGUCACCUGCCUCCCCCGAUGUAUCGCUCUUCUUCUUCCGCUUCUUGUGCCUUCUCCGUCUCUCUCGUCUCCGCUCCUCUGACGCCGACUCGGCCGCCGCUCCAGCCAAACAUUCCAGGUCCAGCGUAUUCCUCGACUCUAUGGUUUUGAGCAGCUCCGCCACGCGGUGAGGCGGGAUGCGCAAGCUCCCCAGCUCUAUGCCGCCAUCACCCACUCCAUCCCCUUCCGACUCGCUCUCAGAGACGUGCCACUCGGCCAUGGAGGAGCCAAAGAUAUCUCCCUAAGCCAAAAAGCUAACACAUUCGUGGGAAAACAAUUUCAAAAAAUGGAGGACGGGUUUCGUUUAAUUGGAACGGACUUGACCUUUGCCCCUUUUUACAGAUGUCUCUUCCUACCAGUGUUAGCAAGCAAGCCUCUGGCUGUGUAGUGCUCCGAGUGAAGAGAAAGAGGGAGGAGGACCCCGCUGAGGCUCUAGUUGUAGCGAAACACAAUAAACUUGACACUGGUACUAGUGUGUUCCAUUUCGUUGGGACUCUCAGAGAAGACGCCAGUGAUGGGGUGAUACUGGAUAGACUCAAACACUACAGAGAUCGCUCAGACUGUGUCAAGUCAAACCCUUUCGCCAGACUCACUCUCGAGGACACCAAAACCCAGACCAGAGAUACGACAAAGCGUUUCAAAGUCACGUCUCAGUUGAGGUGUCUCCAAGAGGAGUGUGGCUCUAGUGGAGGAGGUGACAGUUGCUCUCCAGUCACUGGUGAUGGAGAGAGAGUGGCUACAGCUACAGCUGCUGCUGCUACUGCUGCCAGUGGACCUACUGGGGUGGAGAUACACAUCUGUGAUGUCCAUCAAGACGAUUCCGCUGUCGAGGAUUGUGACUGGAGCUCACUGUCAGUGUAUGAGCCUGAGCUAGUCCAUGACAUCAUUGACGACAUGGAGGAGGCGUGUGAUGAUGAAGAUGACUCUAAUGACUCCAAGCUCAACCGUGACGUUGCCAUGAAUUCUACAGAUGAAGACAACUGGCGAAAUGAUUAUCCCGACGAAGAGGGAUCUACUCACACUUCAGAUUCUGAGCUGGACGACUGUGGGGGAUACAGACACAGACAGGCUCGAUACAACUCAGAUGAAGAUUACCGAUUUGAUGACUACUUAUGA